AUGAAGGGCUGUCCCAUUGACGAGCUCGUUUACGAGUGCAUGUUCCCUCGUCCCAAGAGCAAUGACCCUCAGAACUUCCAGGCUCUACUCCAACGUCUCUUGAUCCCAGAGGUUCGGCAGGAAACACACUCUUUCUACGGCCACCUCGACACCCAGGAAGCCAAGUACCCCGGCCUCGACUACACUCACCACACCCAUCGCAUCCGUCUCUCUCGCUGGCAAUGGCACCGACGACUCUUCCGCGCCUUCGACAGCCUCAAACUUACCGGAGCCGAGAUCGCAGGCUUGACCAAGUGGGAGGGAACAAAAUGGGCCAAGGAGAAGUACGAGAAGGAGCAGGGGUAUGUUAUUCAUGACACCACCGCCGACGGUUUCCCAGACUGGGCCGAUAUCGAGCACUUGCCCCGCGCCAACCGAGAUCAGUCCGUUGAGGUGGAAGGCGUUGCUAUUGACGAUUUGUACAACGAAAUGAUGGAGGUCGAGAGCGAGGACGAGCUGGAUAGUGUGGGUGUCGAACUGAACGAGCGCCUCAGGGACGGUGUUGCGAGACGUGACGCCGGAGACACUUCAGCUGUUCUCGACGAGGAAUGGGAGCAGUGGCUGAAGAACGCCAUUGAAUCUGGUGAAAUCAACUACCUGAACGACCACAUCUUUCACGACAGCGACACUGUCCCUGCAGCUCUCUUCCCUCCAGGCUUGCUCAGCACUGCCCGAGCUGGCCAAUGGCAUGAGAUUCCCGAAUCUCUUCACCGCAUCCUCCGCCGCACACUACAGUCAGAGGAUCCCAAUCGUCCCCAACAAAUGCAGACACUACCACUACCACCACCACAGCCACAGACAUCGAGCCUUCGCUCUACAUCCUCCCUACGGCGCCGCCUCAUUGAAGGCCAGCAGUGGCGUGCCUCAUGGAGGCGUAGCGCCUAUUCAGAUCUUCGUCUGCCUGUUGGCGAUGCUAGUUCACGACUCGCAGAUAAUUCCAAUGCUUGA